CUACCAUCUAUCUAUCUUGCUCCUGUUCCAGCUGAAUUCUUAUCUCAAAUCGGUACUAAAAAUAUCUUGGUUCUUAGUAGAACUGAGCUAUGCGUGAAAGUUGGAAUCUUGGCCUAAUUUCUCAUUUUCACACUACUGUGCAAUCACUAGUGUCACAUGACCAUAUGCAACAUGACCCAAGUUUAAAGCUUUUUGGUUAUAUAUGAAUAAUCAUUAGAUAGACACACAAUACUUUUUUUCUUCCUUCCCCAGAUAAUUACUUUUUUUGUAUUUUAUUCCACUGUGUCUUGUUCAACUGGGCUAGCUGUAUAUGCACGCGGCCGUAACCGAAGGAAACAGUCAAGUAAGUAAUGAAAAUUUACAACUUAAGAAGAGAGAGAGAGAGACUCUAGAACAUUGAACGUGGCGUUAAAAGAUUCGUUUUCUAGACUACAAUGGCGUAACUGAAGUUUUCUUUCUUUUUCUUUAUUUGUUUAUAACAGAACAAAACGAAAGCUCUUUCCUUUCUCUUUCUUACUGAAAGAAAAGAAGAUAUAAUGACAAUUUUUUCACAGUUUUCUCGUCUCUCCCAAGUCCCAUCUUAAGGUCCCUAAUAAUCUCUAUCUAUUUUACUUUUUUUUUAUAUCUACCCUUUGGGCAAUUCUUCGGUUUCUCUCAUGUUGGUUUUGGAUAUCUUUAGCAAUUGGGGUAGUUUUAUGAUAUGAAACAUCUUGUGUAGUCUCUAGUCUCUACUGAGUGAGGUCUGAGAAUAAAAAAAUGGAGGCUAAAUUUGGUGGCAAGAGGAGUUUGGAAUGGGAUUUAAAUGACUGGAGAUGGGAUGGCGAUCUUUUCAAUGCAACCCCAUCAUUAAACUCUCUCCCCUCGGCCCACUUGUCCAAAACCUGGCCUUCUUUUUCAGAGGAUAGCCAUAAUCAUAAUCAUAAAAGGGCUCUGCUUGUUAAUGAAGAGGAGUCGAAUCAGGAAGCUACAGCUGCAGCUGCCUCCCUCAACUUAAAGCUAGGCAUAGCAGAGUCAGAAGGGAAGAAGCUGAAGACAGCGGGGACUACUAGUUGUGGUAUCAUUUGUCAAGUGGAAGAUUGCACAGCUGAUCUCACCAAUGCCAAGGAUUAUCACCGCAGGCAUAAAGUCUGUGACAUACAUUCUAAGGCCACUGAAGCACUCAUCUCAAAUACUAUGCAGCGGUUUUGUCAACAAUGCAGCAGGUUUCAUCUUCUGCAAGAGUUUGAUCAAGGGAAGAGGAGUUGUCGCAGGCGUUUGGCUGGCCAUAACAGGAGGAGGAGGAAGACACACCCUGAUAAUACCCUUCAUGAUGAAAAGAACACCAAUUAUCUGUUGUUAAGCUUGUUAAGGAUACUCUCCAAUAUGCAUUCAAACAGCUCUGAUCAACCGAGGGAUCAGGAUCUUUUAUCUUGUCUGUUGAAGAACUUGACCAAUAUUGCUAGUUCAGUCGAUGGAAGGAGGAACAUGUCAGCGGUGCUGCAAGAUUCCCAAGGUCUAAUUAAUGCAGGCACUUCUGUUGAGGCCUCACUGAAGCCAAUGGAAAUGAUUUCAGAUACCCUUUUUGGUUCAGCCUCUAAGGUUGGUGAUAAUCCCAUCAGCCUUGUAGCUCCUUCGAAGUGUGUAAGAGAAUGUAAUGAAGUAUCUGUAUCAGAUAUGGCACUCAAGAAAGUAUGUGCAGUUGAUGCAAAUGGUGGCAGUAUGCAAACACUUUCAGGUCUAGGGUCUAUUAAUCCACUUUGCUCAAUAGACAACUUAUCAGCCAAAUCUAUCAAACUAAAUAUGGCAGUUGGACCUAUCAAACCUAACAAUAUAGACUUGAAUAUUGUAUAUGAUGAUUCACAUUUGCCAGUAAAUUCAGAGACUGAUUCUCUUGAUAAUCCUCUAUGUAUACAACAUGAUAACUUGCAUAAGCCAAGCUCAUCCCACCCAAGCCAGAACUCGGAUUCUACUUCUACUCGGUCCCCAUCUAGUUCUAGUGGAGAGAUUCAGAGCCGAACUGAUCGAAUUGUUUUUAAACUCUUUGGAAAAGAGCCUGAAGAUCUUCCUUUCCUUUUGAGGACACAGAUCCUCAACUGGUUAUCCCUUUGUCCUACUGAUAUCGAAAGUUACAUACGACCAGGCUGUGUCAUCUUGACAAUAUAUCUCCAUCUAGAAAAAAUCACUUGGGAGGAGUUACACUGUGAUCUAGGUUCCAGUUUGAAGAGGCUACUUGCUGCAUCCAAUGAUCCUUUCUGGAGAACUGGAUGGGUGUAUUCAAGGGUGCAGAAUUCUGUAGCUUUUAUGCAUAAUGGUCAGCUUGUCUUAGACACUCCCUUACCUCAGAAAAGCUACAAAAAUUGUAGAAUUUCAAGCAUCAAACCGGUUGCAGUUGCAUUGUCCGAGAGAGCUCAAUUUGAAGUGAAAGGCUUCAACUUAUUUCACCCCAGCAUGAGGUUACUGUGUGCAUUAGAUGGGAAGUAUCUGGUCCAAGAAAUUUGUAAUGGGUUGAUGGACAACACAACUGGCACCGCCAUUGAGCAUGAUGAGAUCCAAUGCCUUAGAUUCUCUUGUUCUAUACCAACCGUUACAGGGCGAGGAUUCAUAGAGGUUGAAGAUUAUGGCUUCAGCAGCAGUUUUUUUCCAUUUAUAGUUGCAGAGCAAGAGGUAUGUUCCGAGAUAUGUAUGCUGCAGGGUGCAAUAGAGGUGGAGAAGACUGUUGGUGAUGCUGAUAAGGCAAGGAAUCAAGCCUUGGACUUUGUACAUGAAAUGGGGUGGCUGCUUCAUAGAAGUCAGGCCAAGCUUAGAUUAGGUCCCAUGGAUCCCAACUCAGAUUUAUUCCCUUUCAAACGGUUCAAGUGGCUCAUGGAGUUUUCCAUGGACCAUGAUUGGUGUUUUGUUGUAAAGAAACUCUUGUGCAUUCUGUUUGAAGGUAUUGUUGAUGCUGGAGAACAUUCUUCCAUUGAGGUUGCAAUACUAAAUAUGAGCCUUCUCCAUAGAGCUGUGCAGAGAAAUAGCCGGCCUAUGGUGGAUAAUUUGUUAAAAUUUGUCAUCCCUCAGAAAAUUAUGAAUAAGCCACAGGUGUUGUUCAAAGCUGACCAUGUUGGGGCUAUGGGGUCAACUCCUCUACAUGUUGCAGCCAAUCAAGGUGGCUGUGAUGGCGUGUUAGAUGCGCUGACAGAUGAUCCCGGAAAGGUGGGAAUUGAAGUGUGGAAAAAUGCAAGAGAUGAAACUGGUUUGACACCAAACGAUUAUGCAUGCCUGAGAGGCCACUACUCCUACAUUCAUCUUGUCCAGAGGAAAAUGAGCCAAGUACCAUCAUCAGAAAGCGGGCAUGUGGCGGUUGAUAUCUUAGACGACGACAGCAGCAGCAGCACCAAUACGAACAAUCAACAGAAGCAAAGAUGGAAAGGAGGGAACAUGGAGAUUGACAAGAAUGAAAUGAAGGAAUAUUGCAGAAGAUGGCAUUGGCACAGGCAAAGGCAACAGAAGAGAAGUUCGUUAGUGUACAAGCCUGCGAUGAUAUGUUUGGUGGGCAUUGCAGCUGUGUGUGUUUGUGUUGCUUUGCUGUUUAAGAGCUCGCCAGAAGUACUAUAUGUGUUCAAGCCUUUCAGGUGGGAACGGUUGAAGUACGGAUCAUGCUGAUCUGAGCCAUUGAGUAUGAGAUGAGAAGAGAUGACAUGCCUUGUUUUGGUUACUAUGAAAGAAAUUGUACAAUAUUACCUUCCUACACUUACAUACAUACAUACAUACAUGAAUUAUGAUGAUCAUGAUGAUGUAAAAGUAAUAUUUAUUAGUACAAGUACUAUUAUUAGUGUUGUUUGUAUCAAUAAAACCAAAAAAAUUUCUCUUAGAAUUGAAUUCAUAAAUGAUAAUGAAUGAUUGAAUUGUAUGGUA